AGAAAAAGCAGAGAGAAACAGAGGAAGGGUGGGAAGAAAGUGUGAGUGUGUGUGCAGUGAAAGCAGGAUGCAUCAGAGAGGGUUGUUUUAGCUUUUCUGGGUUUGGGAAUCGUUGAAAGACAGAGAAGAAAGCCUGCAAGAGAAUCCGAGAGCUAAACAUGGUAAAGCAUAGGAAGUGAUGAUCUGCAUAGAUUCACCUUUGUUUUUCUUGCUUUAUUUUAACCUCUCUAAGUACUGUGCUAAAACCUCUGCCACAACACACACACCCUCAUCAGAUAAAGCCGUACCAUUUCAUCCAAAAUUUCCACCUUUGUCUACUCUUUCUACUCUAACUCCCUUCAUCUUUAUUGCACACUACACUGAGACAAAAUAAAAAAGUAGAGUGGGAGAGUUGCAAAAGGGUGUGACUUUGUCUAUCCCAGACAAAUGGGCUAAGUGUUAGGUAUUUGUUUAGCUCAAUAUUUGCAUGGAACGUGCAACCCCUGGAUGUUGUAAACCCUAUUAUUGGUCUAUAGCUUGAGACACUACUCUUCAUAGGGUCAGAGUUAAAACAGUGUGCGAGUGAGUGUGCGUUUGUGUCAGUCUUAUAUUUGCAACCAUAUAUCCUCCCAGUGCUGUUCUUCAUAGGGGUUCUCUGAAGGAUUUUUCUUCUUGUUCAUGGAGAGGAAUAGAAAUACCACUAGGCUUGUGAACAAAACCCAGCUUUGUUUCAGUGUUUCCUUCUUCUUCAUGCUCUCAAUUUGCACAAUGAUCUUCAGCAGUACUAGUACUACUGCCUCCUCCAUUACAUGUUUAGAUACUGCUAGGUGUCCCAUGCUUGCCAAAGCUGAUAUAGAUUUUCAGGAAUAUAAGGAGGAAAUUGGAGAAGGCAUGGUUUAUGAAGGUAAAAUAGAGGGUUCAUCAAUGGCUAAGCCUAGGAGGUUUCUAGGUGGGCCUGGGUCAUCGCCGCCGCGAUGCACCUCCAAGUGUGGCAAAUGUACACCCUGCAAGCCGGUUCAUGUGCCGGUGCCACCAGGGACGCCAGUGACCGCCGAGUACUACCCGGAGGCAUGGAGGUGCAAGUGUGGCAACAAGUUGUACAUGCCAUGA